CAACAGGAGAGAGAGAGGGCGCGAGAGUGUGUGUGUGAGCGAGAGAGAGAGAGAGAGAGAGAGAGAGAGAGAGAGAGAGGCGGAGUAGGAACGUUGCAAUUUAAAAAGACAAUUGGAUUGACUGUUCUCAGACUUGCGUUGCAACCAUGGGGCUGGGAAAGGGGAAAGAUGAGUACAAGCUGGCGCCGACCACCGACGGCGGGGAGAAGAAAGCCAAGAAAGGUAAAGCCAACAAGAAGGAUAUGGACGACCUGAAGAAAGAGGUGGAUCUGGACGAUCACAAGUUGACCCUGGAUGAGCUUCACAGGAAAUAUGGAACCGACUUAACCAGGGGUCUUUCCUCCACCAGAGCUAAAGAGAUCCUGGCCCGAGACGGUCCCAACGCCCUCACGCCUCCCCCCACCACACCCGAAUGGGUCAAGUUCUGCAAACAGCUAUUUGGUGGUUUCUCAAUGCUGCUGUGGAUUGGUGCCAUCCUCUGCUUCCUCGCUUAUGGCAUUCAGGCUGUCUCAGAAGAUGAGCCCGCUAAUGAUAAUUUGUAUCUUGGUGUUGUGCUUUCUGCUGUCGUCAUCAUCACUGGUUGCUUCUCCUACUACCAAGAGGCCAAGAGCUCAAAGAUCAUGGACUCCUUCAAGAACCUGGUCCCACAGCAAGCCCUGGUCGUCCGUGACGGUGAGAAGAAGAGCAUCAAUGCCGAGGAGGUGGUUGUUGGUGAUUUAGUGGAGGUGAAAGGUGGAGACAGGAUCCCUGCUGAUCUGAGGAUCAUCUCAGCACAUGGCUGCAAGGUCGACAACUCCUCGCUGACUGGAGAAUCAGAGCCACAGACUCGUACUCCUGACUUUUCCAAUGACAAUCCACUGGAAACCAGGAACAUUGCUUUCUUCUCCACCAACUGUGUUGAAGGUACUGCCAGAGGAAUCGUCAUCAACACUGGAGACCAUACUGUAAUGGGUCGUAUCGCCACCCUGGCCUCCAGUCUGGAAGGUGGUAAAACUCCCAUCGCCAUCGAGAUCGAGCACUUCAUUCACAUCAUCACGGGCGUGGCUGUGUUUCUGGGUGUUAGCUUCUUCAUCCUCUCACUCAUCCUUGGGUACGGGUGGCUGGAAGCCGUCAUCUUCCUCAUCGGUAUCAUUGUCGCCAACGUGCCAGAAGGUCUCCUGGCUACUGUCACUGUGUGUCUGACCCUGACCGCCAAGCGCAUGGCCAAGAAGAACUGCCUGGUGAAGAACCUGGAAGCUGUGGAGACUCUGGGCUCCACCUCCACCAUCUGCUCGGACAAGACCGGCACCCUGACCCAGAACAGGAUGACCGUUGCUCACAUGUGGUUCGACAACCAGAUCCACGAGGCUGAUACCACCGAGAACCAGAGCGGGGCCUCCUUUGACAGAAGCUCGGCCACCUGGGCUGCUCUGGCCAGAAUUGCUGGACUCUGCAACCGUGCCGUCUUCUUGGCCGAUCAGAGCAACGUUCCUAUUCUGAAGAGAGAUGUUGCCGGCGACGCGUCAGAAGCUGCGCUGCUGAAGUGCAUCGAGCUUUGCUGCGGUUCUGUUGGUGGCAUGAGAGAAAAAUACCCCAAGGUUGCUGAGAUCCCCUUCAACUCCACCAACAAAUACCAGCUCUCUAUUCAUAAGAACUCAACACCUGGAGAGUCCAAGCACCUCCUCGUGAUGAAAGGAGCCCCAGAGAGGAUUCUGGACCGCUGCUCUACCAUCCUGAUCCAGGGCAAAGAGCAGCCUCUGGACGAUGAGAUGAAAGACGCUUUCCAGAACGCCUACGUGGAGCUGGGAGGACUUGGAGAAAGAGUGCUGGGCUUCUGCCAUUUUUGCCUGCCUGAUGACCAGUUCCCAGAAGGCUUUGCUUUUGACACUGAAGAGUUGAACUUCCCCACUGAGAACCUUUGCUUCAUUGGUCUCAUGUCCAUGAUCGACCCUCCUCGUGCUGCUGUGCCUGAUGCUGUCGGCAAAUGCAGGAGCGCUGGGAUCAAGGUUAUCAUGGUCACUGGUGAUCAUCCAAUCACUGCUAAGGCCAUUGCUAAGGGUGUGGGUAUCAUCUCUGAAGGCAACGAGACUGUUGAAGACAUUGCUGCACGUCUGAACAUCCCAGUUUCAGAGGUCAACCCCAGGGACGCCAAGGCCUGCGUCGUCCACGGUGGCGAGCUGAAAGACAUGACCUCAGAACAGCUCGACGACGUGCUGAAGCACCACACUGAGAUCGUCUUCGCCAGAACCUCCCCUCAGCAGAAGCUGAUUAUAGUGGAAGGCUGCCAGAGACAGGGAGCCAUCGUGGCCGUGACAGGUGACGGUGUGAACGACUCUCCGGCUCUGAAGAAGGCUGACAUUGGUGUUGCCAUGGGAAUCGCUGGAUCCGACGUGUCCAAGCAGGCGGCGGACAUGAUUCUACUGGACGACAACUUUGCCUCCAUCGUUACCGGCGUGGAAGAAGGCCGUCUGAUCUUUGACAACUUGAAGAAGUCCAUCGCCUACACAUUGACCAGUAACAUCCCUGAGAUCUCCCCCUUCCUCCUCUUCAUCAUCGCCAACAUCCCUCUUCCUCUGGGAACCGUCACCAUCCUGUGUAUCGAUCUGGGAACAGACAUGGUGCCUGCUAUCUCGCUGGCUUAUGAAGAAGCUGAGAGCGACAUCAUGAAGAGACAGCCCAGAAACCCCAAAACAGACAAACUGGUGAACGAGAGGCUCAUCAGCAUAGCCUAUGGACAAAUUGGUAUGAUGCAGGCCACAGCCGGCUUCUUCACAUAUUUCGUGAUCCUGGCUGAGAACGGCUUCCUGCCCAUGGAUCUGCUGGGGGUCCGAGUGCUGUGGGAUGACAAAUACGUAAACGACCUGGAAGACAGCUACGGACAGCAGUGGACGUACGAGCGCAGGAAGAUCGUGGAGCACACCUGCCACACGGCCUUCUUUGUCAGCAUCGUGAUCGUCCAGUGGGCUGAUCUGAUCAUCUGUAAAACCAGGAGGAACUCCAUCAUUCAACAGGGCAUGAAGAACCGUAUCCUCAUCUUUGGUCUAUUUGAGGAGACAGCCCUGGCUGCCUUCCUGUCAUACUGCCCGGGCAUGGACGUCGCCCUCAGAAUGUACCCUCUCAAGCCAAGUUGGUGGUUUUGUGCCUUCCCCUACUCUCUCCUCAUCUUCCUGUAUGAUGAAGCCAGAAGAUACAUCCUCAGACGAAACCCAGGCGGUUGGGUGGAGCGUGAGACAUACUACUGAGUCAACACCACACAGUCACAGAGGGAUCCGGGUUCGCCGCUAUUUACUGCCAUGUUACAUAUUCGUCUGAGAUGUUAGUCACACCUUCAAAAACACAUAACAUGGAUCCGCAGAAUUUCUAAAUGUUCAUGUCAUUCACAAUAAAACGUUUGUGUACUAUUGUA